AAAUAAAAAGAAAAGCCUAUACAUAUAUUAACAGAAGCAAAAUAUUUAACAGAACCAAAAUGAGCAAAUACUUUCUCAAAAUAUUUUAUCUAUUGCAAUUUCUUUUAUUGCUUACCUCUGGAUCCACUCAUGAGUUCAAAAAUACUACAAUUGAAAGUGUAGAAUCAAAGUGCAUAGAGAGGGAAAAACAAGCACUCCUCAAGUUCAAACAAAGCAUCGUUGACGACUCUUACAUGCUGUCUACAUGGAAGGACAAUAACAAAGAUGGAGACUGCUGCAAAUGGAAAGGAAUUGAGUGCAAGAAAGAAACAGGCCAUGUGAAGAAACUUGAUCUUCGUGGUGAUGAUUCACAAUUCUUGGUAGGUGCAAUUGAUUUCACUUCGUUGAUUGUCUUGCAAAAUAUGGAAUAUUUGGAUCUUAGCUCUAACGAUUUUCCUGGCAGCCAUAUUUCAGAACAAAUAGGCUCACUUACCAAGUUAAAGUAUCUCAAUCUCUCAGAAUCUUUACCUCGUGGGAGGAUUCCUUAUCAAAUUGGAAAACUUUUAGAGCUUGAAUAUCUAGAUCUAAGUGGGAUGGUUUAUGGUACAAAAGGAGAAAUCCCUUCUCAACUCGGGAAUCUUACACGUUUACGAUAUCUCAAUCUAAGAGAUAACUUUAAUAUUGUUGGAGAAAUCCCUUGUCGACUUGGAAAUCUCUCACAACUACAGUACCUUGAUCUUGAAGGAACUUCUCUUACUGGAGUAAUCCCUUUUCAACCAGGGAAUCUUCCCGUUUUGCAAACUCUUAAACUUGAUGUGUAUUUGGAUCUUACAAAUGAUAAUAUAAAAUGGUUGUAUACACUGUCUUCUUUAACAAGUCUUUCCCUGAGAGGAAUGUAUCUUAGUUUUGACUCUUCUCACUUGCAAACAAUCAUGAAGUUUUUUCCAAACUUAAGAGAGUUGAGGUUAGUUGAAUUUGGUCUGAUAGAUAAUGAUGUCGCGUCUUUGUUUCAUUCUCAUUCUAACUUUUCCAAUUCUCUUACCAUCCUUGAUUUCUCUUCCAAUAUGUUGACAUCAUCAGCUUUUCAAUUCUUGUCAAAUAUUAGUCUUAAUCUUCAAGAGCUUGAUCUUUCUGAAAACAAUGUUGUUUUGUCAUCUCAUUUCUAUCCAAACUUUCCUUCUCUUGUCAUCCUUGACCUCUCAUAUAAUAAUAUUUCAUCAUCCCAAUUUCCAGGUAUCCGCAGUUUUAGCUCGAAAUUGCAAAAGCUUUAUCUAACAAGUUGCAUGCUUACAGAUAAAAGUUUUCUUGUGUCAUCCACUUCAGUUGUGAACUCUUCAUCUUCCCUUCUCAUCCUCGAUCUUUCCUCAAAUAUGUUGAGAUCAUCAGAAGUAUUUUUAUGGGCUUUUAACUUUACCACUAGGCUUCAUAGCCUUGACCUCGUUGGUAACUCUUUAGAAGGUCCCAUUCCUGAUGGAUUUGGGAAAGUGAUGAACUCUCUUGAAUAUCUUUAUCUCUCAUAUAACAAUUUACAAGGAGAUAUUCCAUCUUUCUUUAGUAACAUGUGCACAUUGCAUACUUUAGACCUAUCAAAUAACAACUUGAGUGGUGAAAUUUCUAGCUUGAUCAACAAAAAUUCAGGGUGCAAUAGAAACAUAUUUACACAUUUAGAUUUAUCUCAUAAUAGAAUAACAGGUGCGCUACCUGAAUGCAUCAACUUGCUAUCUGAGUUGGAGUAUCUAAACUUGGAGGGUAAUGCUUUGGAAGGUGAAAUCAAUGAAUUACAUCUCACCAAUUUUUCCAAAUUGCAAGUAUUAUCCUUAUCAUACAACUCAUUAUCCCUAAAGUUUCCCCUUAGUUGGGUUCCUCCUUUCAAAUUAACAUCUUUGAAGUUGGCAUCUUGCAAGUUGGGUUCAAGCUUUCCAAGUUGGCUCCAGACACAAAGAUACAUAGUGCAACUUGAUAUUUCUGAUACAGGGCUUAAUGAUGGUGUACCCGGAUGGUUUUGGAACAACUCGCAUGCUAUGAUAUUAAUGAAUAUGUCGCACAACAAUCUAAUCGGUACAAUUCCAGAUUUUCCAUAUAAGCUUUAUGAAAGUUCGGGUGUAUUUUUGAAUUCAAAUCAAUUUGAGGGUAGAGUUCCAUCCUUUUUGCUACAAGUUUCACGUCUUAUGCUCUCCGAAAAUAAAUUUUCACAUUUGUUUUCAUUUUUAUGUGAUAAAAAUUCACCAACAACAAACUUGGUCACUCUAGAUUUAUCAAACAAUCAAAUAGAGGGACAGCUUCCUAAUUGUUGGAAUUCUUUAAGCACAUUAUUGUUUCUUGAUUUGUCAAACAAUAAACUUUGGGGGAAGAUUCCACAGUCCAUUGGCACCCUUGAUAAAUUGGAAGCUUUGGUUUUAAGAAAUAAUAGUUUGACUGGUGAAUUGUCUUCCACUUUGAAGAACUGCAGAAAUUUAAUGUUGUUGGAUGUAGGUGAAAAUUUGCUGUCUGGCUCAAUUCCAUCAUGGAUAGGAGAAAACAUGCAACAAUUGAUAAUCUUGAGCAUGAAAGGGAAUCACUUUUCUGGAAAUAUUCCUAUUCAUCUAUGUUAUUUAAGGCAUAUUCAACUUUUGGAUGUUUCCAGAAAUAACUUAUCAGAAGGAAUUCCAAAAUGCAUUGAGAAUUUUACAUCAUUGUCUGAAAAGAGCAUCUAUACUGAUGAAACUGAAAGUCAAAUAUAUUCGACAAGGGAAGGCUUCACUUACCUUUAUGGUUCUAGUUUCGAGCAUUACGUGUUUAACACAGCUAUAUUUUGGAAAGGUAUGGAACGUGGGUUCAAGCAUCCAGAGAUGCGUCUUAACAGCAUUGAUCUUUCAAGUAAUAACUUAACAGGUGAAAUACCAAAAAAGAUUGGAUAUUUGGUUGGAUUAGUCUCUUUGAAUUUAUCAAGAAACAAUUUGAGCGGAGAAAUUCCAUCUGAAAUUGGAAAUUUAGUUUCACUUGAUUUCCUCGACUUGUCAAGAAACCGUUUCAUUGGUAAAAUUCCUUCCACUCUUUCCAAGAUCGAUCGGCUAGAAAUUUUAGACUUGUCAAACAACUCUCUCUCCGGAAGAAUCCCUUUUGGCAGACAAUUGCAAACCUUAGAUCCCUCAGGUUUUGAAGGAAAUCUUGAUCUUUGUGGGGAACCACUUGAAAAAAAAUGUCCCAAAGACGCGACGACAGUAAAUCCUCAAGGGUCAGAAAUUAUGGUGAAGAUGACAAUUCAGUUUUCCAUGAAGGAUUUUACAUGUGCUUGGGGCUAAGCUAUUUCACAGGUUUUUGGGGAUUAUUAGGGCCAAUACUACUUUGGAGACCUUGGAGAAUUGCUUAUAUAAGGUUCUUGAACAAAUUGAUAGACUAUAUAUAUGUAUUGGUGGCAGUCAAUGUGGCAAGGUUCCAAGUGUGGCUCAAAAACUAGAAGGUUACAGAAUCCUAGUAGCAAUUGAGAGUUGCUGGCCUCGAAGGAAAAAUAUUAUGUUGUAUUAGAGUUCAAAGUAUAAUGACAAGCAAAAUCAUUGUUCGAUAAAGCUUGUUAGUUCUUUCUUGAAUAAUGUUUCUAUUAGAGAUGUAAAAUUAGGUUUUAGUUGGCCGAAUUGGAAACAUAAAUCUUGAUGUAACAAUGCUCUCAUAUAAAUAAUAUUUUCAUUUCACUUUUUUUUUU